AUGUUUGCGAGACGUUCCAACGCUAUUCGCCUAGGACCCAAGUGCCACUUCUGUGGCAAGGCCGUGGCCUCACGAAGUCUUUUCUUCUGUUUCGAAUGUCUUCCGAUGGUAAUCGACUUUGCCGAUGUUGUCAUGAGCGAUGCUCUCUCCCAAGGCCGUGACACAUCGUCCACUACGGUGCCGAUGAGUGCUAUUGUGAGUGUUAUGGAGAUUUUGGUGGAAGAGGGCGACACUGACGAAGAAGUCGAAAAAAAGAUUGGAAGGUGUAGGCAUUUGGCUAUGGUCGGAGAAGAACGCGACAAUGUGACUGGAAGAAAUGCUUCCGAAAAGGAUGGAGAGCAAGGAGAAAAAAAGGUGCUAGAAAAUGUUGCCUGUAAGGAUGGCGAGGAAGACGAAGAGGUUGGAGAAAAUGUUCUCGCCAAGGAUGGAGAAGGAGACAGAGAAGAGACCGCAUCUGAAGCAUCGGAGGAGGAAGGAAAAGAAAGCGAAAAAGUUACCGCAGGGGAUGUUUUCGCUAUGGAUUUGGAGGAAGACGGGGAAGUGAACGGAGAGGAGGCUCUCGCCAUGGAUGAAGAAGUAGGCAAAAAAGAAGUAGAAAAUGUUGCCGAUAAGAAUGGAGAUGCCAGGGAAGCCGAGGAUGGAGAAGAAUUCGAAAAUGUGAUUGCGAAUAACGUUUCCGCCAUGGAUGGAGAAGAAAACGGAGAGCAGGAGGAAGAGGAGGUUUUCGCCAGAGAUGAAGAAGAAGUAGUAACAGAGGUUGUGGAAGAUGUGUUCGCCAAUUCAGCAGAAGAAGUACGUGGGAAAGCUCCCACAGAGAGUGCUUUUGCUAAGGAUGGUGGAGAAGGCGAAAAAGGGAACGUAGAUGCAGUUCUUGCCAAGGAUGGAGAGGAAGUCAAAGAGGAGAAUGGAGAUAAAGUUCCUACCAAGGAUGGAAAUGAUGACGAAAAAGCUAAUGCAGAGAAUGUUGCAAAGGAUGGAGGAGACGGAGAGGAGAAUGGAGAUGAAGUUCUUGCUAAGGAUGGAGGAGAUGGUGAAAAAACGACCGCAGAAAAUGUCGUUGAGGAUUGUGGAGAAGGCGAAGAAGAGAUCACCGAAUAUGCUCCCAUCAAGGAAGGAAAGGAAGGCGAAAAAGGGAUGGGUGAUUAUAUUUUUGUUAAGGAUGAAAACGAAGCCGAGGGAGCUACCGGAGAGCAUAUUUUCGAGGAUGAAGAAGACGAUGAAAAUAUGAUGGGAGAUUAUGUUCUCGAACAAUUGCGAGAUGAAUCCGAAUGCUAA